CUUAGCUCGAGCAGGAUAUUUGUGAAGUUGGCAAGUAUAUUUGCAUAAGACAGAUUUGGUAUUGCGUUUAUUUCAAUAGUUUUGAGUUUUUCGAGAUUUAUACGUUUGUCGGUAAGGACGUCAGUUACACGAAUUGCCUUGAAAAGAAAUCGAUGAACAGUUAAUUUGAAAAAACAUCUUAUUCUAAGCGAUGACAUUCCACAGUAAGCACAGCAUGUAGAGGAGGACGCUUGUUGUUUUGGUGCGUUGGUAUUUGCUUCGUUGCUCAAUAAGAGAGGAAAAGAGCUGUCUUUUGAUCAUUGUCGAUUAGCCACUCAUUCAAAGCAGGCUCUGGUUUUGCCAGAACAGUAUUGCACAUACUGUUAACAUUAACGAAUUGUGGUCAUAUGAACGACUGCGGUGUUUCGUACAAAUAUCACGCUCGAAGCAUUAUGGAAAUAGGCCUGACAUUCGACCAAAAGCGGUAUCUCACCGUGACGUCAUUCUCCAUCCGUAUGCUCUUUAUGGGCGUUGAAUAUGCGGUGAUAUUUCCAUCCGUUUGGUUGUACUUAAAGAUAUUUCACGUGGACUAUUGGUACCUUGGAUUGGUGUUAUCCGCUUAUAACAUGGUGGGGAUUGUCUCUACUAUUCUGGUUGGUCGGCUGGCCGAUGCGACACGCAGAAUUCGGUUGACCGGUUUCUUGUGGAAUUUGGCGGAAAUCACGGGAAAUUUUGUCUAUGCCAUGCACUUUAACGUCACUUUUCCCCUGUUUGGCCGAAUGAUAGCUGGCUUUGGAGAAGGAUACAUAUCCGCGAUGUGGGGCGAACUGGCACGAGUUACGACCAAGGAGCAACGAACGCGCUACUUUGCAAUCUUGAAAGGAAGCAAUCUUUUGGGGGCAGCUAUUGGUCCAGCGCUCAACCUCUUUCUAAAGGAAUUCGACUUUUAUAUCGGUGGUUGGCAUAUUGACUUUCGAACCUCACCGGGCUUCUUCAUGGGUAUCGUCUGGAUUUUUGUCACAUUCAUAAUGUUGGUGUUCGUUUACGACUUAUCGUCAGAACUGCAGUCUCAGUCAAAUGGGUAUACGUUGCUUCUACAGAAUAAUCCGGACGAGAAAAAUGCUGGUUCGCUAUUGUCUGGUGCAAUCACACCGAAGGAAAAUGGAAAUGGAGGCAAAGUUAAAAAAACUGUUGCCGUCAGAGCUGAAGAUAUGAGCAAUGAUACCGAGAAAGAUGAUUUGAAAAGUCUCACCGCUGACACGACCGAGGACGUACCGACAAAUCCUAAAGGUCCUGCAACAUUUUGGUCAGCGUGGGUCGACAUGUUUACUAAAUUCGAGGUCAACGUGCUCGUUUACUUGUUGUUUUUCAUGUACGUCACUCACACGUGCUUACAAGGUAUCACCCCAUUGGUCGCCGAGAAGAUGCUGGACUGGAACGAGACUAAAGUCAGUAUCGUGUAUACGGUUUGGGGAUUGGAAAUUAUCAUUGUCCUUAUUGUCGUUUGGCUUGUUUCUCCGAAAAUAGCCGACCGCGUCAUCCUUCUUGUAGCAGUAUUGUGCGGUGCACUCGCCUCCAUUAGCUUGAUUGUACUGUCGUACUCAAGCCCCGGAAGUAAACUUUGUUAUUACAGUUUCCUUGUCACGAUUUUCCUCGGAGGGGUAGGAAUAUCUAUAACAGUUGUUGUGGGACGCUCGCUCGUAUCUAAGCACACAUCACAAGAGAACCAAGGACUCGUUCACGCGAUACUUACGUCAUUCAAUCGUCUGGCUGGACUGCUGGGCCCGAUUUUCGGAAGCAGCUUGUAUACAUACAAGACUUUGAUGGGCUGUCUGAUCGCCGGCGUGCAGUUUCUCGGUUUGAUCUUGGUCAUUGCUGCCUUUCGAAGGCUAAAAGUCGUUGAUAAAAAUAGUUUUAGUAGCGAGAGGGAAGCCGUUUGAAUUACGAUGAACGGGAGGAAGUUGUGAUAGGAACGGGGAGAACGAAUAAUUUUGUAUUAGGCAAGGAUGGGAGGGGGUUGAAAUGAUCUGUUUGCCUUAUUUGGGUGGGCUGGGGCUGUAGCCCCCCGUGCUGUGCUAUCAGGGUUCAGGCCCUCUGAGGGGGAAAGGAUCAAGCCUAUAUAGGGCAAGGACUGUUGAACGUUGGACCUUCGAAGUAACCCCAAAAUAUGACCGCUUUGGUUUCAUGUCAAAAUAAACCUCCAGUUAGCUUAUAUAGUUGUAAUUCAUUCUAUUAAUGCAUGUAAUGAGUCACGUGAUUUAUGUUUUUAUCACAUGACAUCAAUUGCUAAAAUUCUGAAAUUAAUUAAAACAUUUUAUUUUUAAA